AUGAAGACAUCAGAUAUCAUAUUGACAUGCCUCCUCAUCACUAUUCCGCUCACUCAUCUUCUCGUAUCUCCAUACACCAAGGUCGAGGAGUCGUUCAAUAUCCAAGCAGUACACGACAUCCUCGUCUACGGAACGCCUACCAAAGAUGUUAAUGAUCGUCUCUCACACGCCUAUGAUCAUUUUACUUUCCCCGGGGCUGUGCCUCGCACGUUUCUCGGUGCUGUGCUUCUCGCGGGUAUAGGGCAACCCAUUAUUGCUCUCGUCGGCUUCGAGCAUGCACAGCUCGUGGUGCGAGGGCUGCUUGCCGCGGCGAAUAUCGCUGCCCUUUUGACAUUCAAGAACAUCUUGAAGAGAGCCUACGGACAAGGCGUUUCAACUUGGUGGGUUGUGUUUACUGCCAGCCAGUUUCACAUCAACUAUUACAUCUCACGGACAUUGCCUAACAUGUAUGCCUUUGGUUUAACAACUCUCGCCUCGGCCUUUCUGCUACCACAGGCUUCCACUGGACUCUCUUUAGUUCGUCACAAGCAAGCGAUUGCCCUUCUCGUCAUCGCAGCAGCAGUCUUCCGAUCCGAAGUCGCCAUCCUCCUGGGCACCACAGGGCUUUACCUCCUUACCACUGGCCGCAUCACUCUGGGCCCAUUGAUUAUCGUCUUCUUCUCGUCUUUUCUCGCCUCUAUCUGUGUUUCAGUGCCUAUCGAUUCGUACUUUUGGCAGGAGCCACUAUGGCCUGAGCUCUGGGGCUUCUACUUCAAUGCUAUCCUUGGAUCUUCGUCAGAAUGGGGUGUCUCUCCAUGGCACUAUUAUUUCACCUCGGCGCUGCCAAAGCUCAUGCUCAACCCCCUUGUCCCGGCUCUGGUCGUCUUUGCGCUUCUCCAACCAGGUACUUCACGAGCUGCGCAAGCUUUGACGAUCCCCAACUUAUUCUUUGUUGCUAUUUACUCUGCUCAGCCGCAUAAGGAGGCCCGCUUCAUCUUUUAUGUCAUUCCAUCUCUCACUGCCGCUGCUGCUCUUGGAGCUAACUACAUUUCCUCGCGUGCGUCCAAAACCAUUGUGUAUCGUGCCGCUUCUGUCAUUACGGCCAUAUUCGCUCUGGCCAGCUUUGGGGCCAGCAUCGUCAUGCUCCUCAUCUCAUCUUUGAACUAUCCUGGCGGCGAUGCACUCCAACGGCUGCACUAUAUCACUCGCGAUGAUCCCACUCCCGUUAUGAACGUUCACGCCGAUGUGUUAACCUGCAUGACCGGACUUACACUCUUUGGGCAGAACCCAUCUGGUUAUCUUCUUGCCUUUCCCAUAACCCCAGAGCCAGACGCCACAGCUCCUGUGUUGCUCUUCGAUAAGACGGAGCAGGAGGAAAAACUCAGCCUGCCGGGUUUUUGGGAGCGCUUCGACUACGCCCUAGCUGAAGAUCCAAGCAAAGUGUUGGGCGGAUGGCAGGUUGUAGGAGUGGUAACAGGCUAUGACGGUAUUGAGUUCCUCAAACCAGGUUCUUCACCCGCGGGCGAUGAAAGUGAGGAGGGAAGGAUUGGUGGCGAGAGAGUCCUCGGCCUGGGCGCUCACGUUGCGGCCGCGAGAAACUUCGUCAGGGGUUAUACGGGCGGUUGGUGGGUUGGACCCCGAAUGUCGCCCAAGAUCAGAAUCUUGAGGCGUGUCAGCUAG